AUGCGUCAUCAUCAUCAUCAUCACCCACACACACUUAAUACCUAUACCCCUCAGCUUGAUACCGAAAAGAUUCACGCAUCAAAUCCCUUUGUGGCUAUGGAUCAUGAGCAAGAGAGUGGUGGUCCCUCUCCCUGUUUGCUGCAUUGUCAGCCGUCAAAAGUCGCCACCAGUGGUUCUAAUCUAUGUUCUCCUUGUUCCUCUUCUCCUUAUCAAAGUGCAUCCACCACAUGUAGUACUACAAGUAGCCACCAUUGUUGUCCUUCGGAUGAUUUUUCAUGCGAUGGAUCCACCCUUGCUGCAUCAGAAGAAACUUUGGGCAGUAGUAGUAAUAGUAGUAGUCCUACUAUGGUGAUGCCACCACCAUCCCCUCGACCUACUCGAUCCUCCUCAUCACGUAUCAAAUCAGCGUUUUCCAAAAUCAUGGUUACCCAGCAACAACAACAACAACAACCAUCAUCAUCAUCCUCCUCCAUGACAAAAAGGCAACAGCAGCAGCAGCAGCAACUACCUAUACCAGCACCUACCAAGAGUGCCUCCUUGGUCGAACGCAUUCGUCUCAAAUUUCAGAAAAACCAGCAACAACAACAACCUGUUGUGGUUGUUGCUGCUGCUGGUAUGCAUAAAUCACCUUCCAUGACCCGAUCAUCGUCCUUGUCAUCCAUCACAUGGGCACGUUUACGAAGCAAAAAGCAAGUAACACCUUCGUUUCAUGAGGAUGAACAACCUGCUGCUUCAACCGCCAUGGUGGUGGAAGAAGAAGAUCAUCGGCCUCUUGAUCAAGUCCAACAACGUCAAAGACGUCGUCCACAAGCUCCCAAAAAACACGCUUCAGCAUGUUCAACCCCACCUCGGCCUUCACGUACAACACGUGUACGAUUUGCUCAAGUGGUUUCGGUGCAUGAGACGUUUUCUCAAAAGGAGUAUGAUCGUGGAUCAGGACCUGAGGAUGUGGUGUGUACGCAAUUGACGCCUUCGAUGGCCCACUAUAUCAAGGAAGAGCUCAACCAAUUCAAGUUGUAUGAAAUGAAAGUCCAUCAUUCAAGUCGUUCCCAUACCCACUUUUUCAUGUAG